ACUGGGUCACAUGAGGCACUUGGGACUGCGUCUCGGUUGCACUGACUGACGUUUCAGCACAGGGAAAGCUCGGUGCUGGCAGGAACAGCACCAUAGCUUAUGUGAGGACGGGAGUAGCAUUUUUUUGCAUAAGAUUCACUUAAAGCAGAAGGUUCAUUUUUCUGGCUGUUCCCCAUUGCAUCAGGGACGUAGUGCUGAGCUAAUCCAGGGAGGCGUCGAGGCGCGAGCUGUAUUUAGAGCCAGCCACCUGCUUGGGAACAUCAAGCGGCAGAAAGAGCCUGCUUCAGCAAAACCCUCCCCUGUGCAUCCCACAGCAGCGGCUUCCAGCAGGCCCUCCCUCCUCUGCCUGACUCUGCAUCAGGCCUCCAAAGGGCUCAGCACCUGAAGAUAGACCCUGUCAGCCCAGGAAUGCUCUGAGCCUGGCACUCCCUCUGCCCAGGAACUGCCAGAUAUUUUGGACAGCUGCAAGUGGAAUUAAAUCACGUGGGUGAAGAGUGGCCUAAUCUCUACAUAGGCAAUAUACAGUUUCUUGACCAAACUGAGGAAAACGAAAAGCUGUCUCUGAUCCACCCUGAGUGCAUGCAAAGGAGCAGCAAGAUGCUUCACACCAGAGACCCUUCAUCCCUGAGUAGCAACACGUCCUACGAAACACCGGCACUAUCAGAUCUGCAGCAGCUCCUGUGGCUCAGAGGAGGCUCCGAUAAUCACGUGGACCAAGUCUGGCCAAAUAUCUACCUGGGAGAUGCGUGGGCUGCUAGGAGCAAAGCUACACUUCAAAGCCUCAACAUUACUCAUAUCCUUAAUGCAGCAGAUGGACCAUAUAGCAUCAACACGGGAGCCAACUAUUAUGCAGAUCUGAAAAUAGAGUACUAUGGAAUAGAAGCAUUUGACGAUCCCUCCUUCGAUUUAAGUGUCUUCUUCUAUGAUGCUGCCAAUUUCAUAGGGAAGGCCUUAAACUCUUCAGGAGGUAAGGUAUUUGUUCACUGUGCCAUGGGAGUGAGCCGCUCAGCAACUUUAGUGCUUGCCUUUUUAAUGAUCCAUGAAAACAUGACACUUGUGGAUGCUCUGAAGACAGUGAGUGCUCACAGAAACAUCUGCCCAAAUUCGGGGUUCCUCAGCCAGCUCCGGGACUUGGACAUUAAACUGAACGAAGAGAGGAAAAGAAGUGGAGCAUCUGCUAUCAGAGGCCUGUAAGAGAGUAUUGCUGAAAGAAAGAGGGCAAAAUCUUGUUUGAUUUGCCUGUAUCUCUUAUAGAUGAACUGCAUUUAUAAAUUCAGGACACAAGUUUAUGGGACACCAGGACGCAUGUUAUUAAUAAAAGUAGAUUUUGCUUGAUCUUUCCAUUUUGCAAAGCCUUCCUAGAUUUAUAUUUACGAUUGGUUGUAUACUCUAUCCUCCACUCUCCACCUUAAAACAUUGCUGUCUGCUAGUUUAAAAGAAAAAAAAAAGAAAAAGAAAAAAAGUGAAAGAGAUCAGGUUCCACUUCAGAAAUAGCUGUGUUUCAGCAACUAGUGGAGCUCAUAUCAGUUUAUGAAGUGUUAGGCUAUUUGAGGUGAAAGAUGCCAUAUUAUUUAUGCUACAGUAAUGCUUAGAAGUUUUCUUAUGAACCUUCCCCCCACCCCUUCACUCCCUGUAUCUCAGAGGCUUUGUAUUUUGAGACUUGAAUCUGGCACUGGUUAGUUCUUGCUUUUACAAUUGGUGGAGCUCCUGAGUUGGGGUAAGAGGCUCUUUAAAGGCAGAGCAGCUGGGAAACAACAUAAGCCAUUCUAAGAAAUUAUUCCAGGUAUCUUUACAGGCUUUUCCUUUUGGCUGUUCAUGAGAGCUUUUUUUCCACCACGUAAGUACCUUUCCUUGAGAGGGCAUUCAAAUAUUGUUCAUCUUCCAUACUAAAAAUCAUCCAGGAAAUGCUGCAGAAAAUGCUUCUAAAGAAGAAGGUGGGUUCCCAGCUAAGGUUGGUGCAGGAAAAUAUUUGACAAAGUUCAAAUUUGUCUGGCACUUCAAAAUUAAAAACUUGGGAUUUUCUUUCUCAAAAAUAAAAGGUUAUUAACAUUGCAACAUCA